UUUGAUUGGUAGAUGCAUUACUUUGUUUACCGACGCAGUUUGCUGCUCGAUAGACCAGAAAUUAUUCUUGCAAACAAUUUGUUAUAUUUUUAACCAUAAACCGAAUAAAAUCGUUAAAGAUGCCCUUAACUGCGGAGCAGGCAAUGCUCCAAGUACAGGAGCGUCUCCGUUCCCUCAAAUCUCUGAUCGCCGAAGUCGAGGCGGAACGCAAGCGAAAUGAGCCAAACAUCGUCAACACAAUUCGAUUGGCCAAGAUGUCCAACGAUGAGAAAUCUCCUGCGGUAAAUCAUAAACUGAAGGCAUUGUACAAGACUGGUCUUCAGGAUGCAAUCCAAGAGGAAAAUUUGAUUCGCCAAGCGUUGGCUAAGAUUCAGGAUAUCCGAAACAUUCGGAACGAACGCCGGAUCCAAGCGAGGAAUGCUGGCAAUAAGGAAACUAUUCGCCGAGGUGCGCUGAUGAAGAUGUUACAAAUAUCGGCGCAAACCUUACCACUGUUUGUCAGUAAGCCUGGAGAAAAGAUUCCUCCAUUGUGUGGAUGCAUUCCAGCCGAUAAUAGUUACGUUGCUAAGCCAGGGGAUAUGGUGGCCGCCUUGGUGAAAGGGUUGGAAGACGAGGAGAACUGGAUCUUGGCUGAGGUUGUUCAAUACCUUUCCUCAGCGAACAAGUAUGAGGUCGACGAUAUUGACGAGGAGCAGAAAGAUCGACACAUUCUGAGCAAGCGUCGGAUAGUACCACUUCCGCUGAUGAGGGCUAAUCCGGAAACCGACGGUCAGGCACUGUUCUCCAAAGGUACCACCGUUAUGGCGCUGUACCCGCAGACCACUUGCUUCUAUAAGGCGGUCAUAAAUGCAUUGCCUCAAACGGCCAACGAAGAGUACGAAGUGCUGUUCGAGGAUCCGACCUACGCCGAUGGGUAUUCUCCACCGCUUUACGUUGCCCAACGGUACGUCAUUGCGAUCAAGCAGAACAAGAAGGUUGGUGCCAACUCCUGACAGUCGUCUCAACAGACGGCGGCGACCACAGCAGCGGCAACAAAUUCUUCGGGAUCAUUGACCGGCACGGCUCUGGGAAGUGCCACUAGCAACAAUGCCAUUUCAACAACGUCGGGGGGAACCACCUUCUCACUAACAUCUGGUAGUUUCAUGCAAUCGAAAGAAGACAACUUGAUGGAUGCAUUCAUGCUGGAGGAUCAGUUUUAAAUACGAACGACAGGUCGGAAACGUGAUGCUCGGUUGCACCACUUUACAAAUUUGUUUUAACAUGGAUUGGUUGAAAGUUGUUUAGCCCCAUAUCUUCACCUCCGCUUAGACAUUGAACUAGGUUUAACUAUCUGGGUAGAGCAGGUUUACGAGUUAGGUGAGAGUGAGGGAACCACUACCAGAAUAUGCUUCUUAUAUCUUAUAUACAAUGAUUCAAUACAAGGCAAUUGCCGAUUAUUAUAGAGUUAGAAUAAUACGAUUACAUACAUCAUAUCAUUGUAACCCACGUCUUUCUUCAUAACAUAAUUUUGAAAGGUUCAAUAAAAUAUGUGCUAUCAAUA